GCCUGCCAACCAGAUGGUGAAGUGUGACCUUCAGCACAGCAAGUACAUGGCCUGUUGCCUGCUGUACCAUGGAGAAGUGGUGCCCAAGGAUGUCAGUGCUGUCAUCGCUGCCAUCAAGACCAAGUGCAGCAUUCAGUUUGUGAACUGGUGCCCUAUUGGCUUCAAGGUUGGUAUCAACUACCAGCCUCCCACUAUGGUGGCUGGGGGUGACCUGGCCAAGGUGCAGCGUGCCGUGUGCAUGCUGAGCAAUAUAACUGCCAUCGCUGAGGCCUGGGCCUGCCUGGAACACAAGUUCAACCUGAUGUAUACCAAGAGGGCUUUUGUGCACUGGUAUACGGGUGAAGGUAUGAAGGAACAGGAGUUCUCUGAGGCCCAGGAGGAUACGGCUGCCCUGGAGAAGGAUUAUGAGGAAGUGAGCAUUGAUUCCUCUGAGGAUGAGGAUGAGGGAGAAGAAUAAAACAGCUUCCUGGAGACUCUCCACUAUGUGCAUUGCAAAAGCCUUUCAAAAUAAACAGUGUACUUGCA